AUGCCUAACACCAAGAUAACCAGUCGUGGGGAUACAGUACGGAAGUGUGUGUUUUGCCCUUUCCAGUCAUCGAAUCACACCAUAUGGAGAGACCAUAUGGCUCAGUGUUAUGAGAACAAAUUCUUCUGCAAACAGUGUGACUAUUCCACAGACAAGAAGAUUAAUUAUCUAAGGCAUGUCAAACGAAAGCAUUCAACAAGACAGAGUGAGAAAAAUGACCAUCCCUCGUGUAGCAAGGUGACGGAGGAUACAUGUGACGACCAUACUGUAGAAGAUACGCAAAGUAGUGAGAACAUUUCGUCUAAAGGGACAGAAGGAGACAAUGAUGGAUCUGCAUCAGAGGAUGAUGACGCGUGGUUGGCUGAAGACCCAGAUGUUAGUAUUGGGGAGGCUAUAGAGACUGUGCAGCUUGGAAGGAGAGGUCCGGAGACAGAAAGGCGAUCAACAUGUGAUCCUGCUGUUAGGAAGAGAACUUCUCCAAUGCCAGUAUACAGCCCAGCACCACCCAAGGUAGCUCGACCUUGUUCUAUUAUGAUUGAGUCUGAGCAGAGAGAUCCUCCUGUCCAGUCAGCUAGGUCUGCAGACUUCCAGACAGAGAGAGACAUGGUAGAUUCCUGUACUCAAACAGAGCCGGUCCGGUAUACAAAGUCAAUAACUACAACCACCAUUGUCAGAGAGAAUGGGAGAAAAGUCAUCACCGUGAAGAAGGAGAAAAUGUUGUAG